AUGCCAUCUUCUAAUAGGACCUUCUUCAAUCCUUCUGUCUUCACUCUAAUUGGAAUCCCAGGCCUGGAGUCAGUACAACACUUGAUUGGGAUCCCUUUCUUCAUUUCCUUUACUCUGGCAGUGAUUGGCAAUAGCCUUCUUAUCGUCAUUAUCCGUGCUGAGCGUAGCCUCCAUGAGCCUAUGUACAUUUUUUUGGCUGUAUUGGCAGCUACUGACCUGGGACUUACUCUAUGCAUCACACCAAAAAUGCUGGCCAUUUUCUGGCUAUGGAUGAGGGAAAUUGACUUUAAUUCCUGCCUGGUCCAGAUGUAUUUUACCCACACUUUCCAGUGUAUGGAAUCAGGCAUCCUCCUGGCUAUGGCAUUUGAUCGUUAUAUAGCCAUCUGUAACCCUCUAAGGCACUCAGCUAUCCUCACCAAGAAAGUACUCAUUAACAUCAUUCUAGCUGUCACCAUCCGAGCUGCCAUUAUCAUCAUCAUGUGCCCACUUCUCAUCAAGUUGAGACUAAAAGUAUUCAAGACUACAUUUAUAUCCCACUCCUACUGUGAGCAUAUGGCUAUUGUUAGACUGGCAGCUGUAAAUACAAAAGCAAAUAAGAUAUAUGGACUUUUUGUGGCUUUUUCAGUCCUGGGCUUUGAUGUAAUUUUUAUUUUCAUGUCAUACAGUCUUAUCUUCCGGGCUGUCUUUAAGUUACCCCAGAAAGAAGCCCGGCUGAAGGCAUUCAAUACCUGCACAGCCCAUAUCUUUGUUUUUCUUCAAUUUUAUAUCCUGACCUUUUUCACAUCAUUUAUACAUAGGUUUGGUUUUAAUGUUGCUCCUUAUGUCCACAUCCUCCUUUCAAACCUAUAUUUGCUUGUCCCACCCUUACUUAACCCCAUUGUCUAUGGGGUAAAAACCAAACAAAUCCGUGAAGGAAUGAUCAAAAUAUUCCAUUCCAAGGGUGCAUCAUGA